AUGCCCACGCCAGCCAUACUUCCCAAUCGAGCAAUACAAUGGGUGCUCGAUUGGGACGGCACCAUCACACUAAAGGACACCCUCGACGCCCUCGUCAACAUCAGCAGGCAGAUCAAACCAACCUCGGGCAUCCCCGAGGCAUGGUCCUCCCUCACGCAAGCCUACCUAUCUGACCUUGACACUGCCCUCUCCACGCACGCUCCCUCCGGGAAGCUGCCCACCAACGUGCUAGAUGAACGCUCCCUCCUCCUGAAGCUUAGAGCCGUCGAGCAAGCGAGCGUGAGCCGUGUUUCCGACUCCCAAAUCUUCCAAUCCCUAACAGACAAAGACAUCAAGAACGGCGCGCGCGACGCCGUCAAGCAAGGCCGCGUGCAGCUGCGCAACGGCUACCUCGACUUCGAGAGCCACCUGAGCUCGCGCAUGGACCGCCAGCACGAAGACAUCGACGUCGUGAACAUCCUCAGCGUGAACUGGAGCCAGCACUUCAUCGCGUCGUGCCUCAACACGGCGUCCGAGGCCUCGGCCUGGGAGUCCAAGCUCGCAAAUUUCGUCCACAGCUGGCCGAACCCCAUCGGCGCGUACGGCCUGAGCAAGAGCAAACAGAUCCAAGAGCAAGUCUCCAGCCUGCAUUGUCCCUCGUACAUGGCGAACCUGAUGCCCUUCCAGAAACGCAUAUCUGCGAAUGAACUCGAGGGUCUCGGCGAUGGCUCCACUGGUGUCAUCUGCGCGGGCGGGGAUGACUUGAUCGUGUCCAGCAGUGACAAGUUGACCACGUUCCAGAAGAUGCGGAAGAUGAAUCCGUACACUAUGAAGCCGAUCCCCGUUGUGUACGUCGGCGACAGCUGGACGGAUUUUGAUUGUCUGCUAGCGGCUGACCUAGGCAUAUGCAUACGCGACGAAGAGCUGACUUCGACGCAGAGGAAGCUCCAUGAGUCCUUCGAGAGGUUAGGCAUCAAGUGUCCGCAUCUCAAAGACUGGAAAACUGCUGACGAUUGGGCGGUUGUCUGGGUCAGGGAUUUUGCUGAGAUCAAGGACUGGCUGAGCUCGUUGGAGGAUGAUGCUGCUGCUGCUGCUGCUGCGACAUAG